AUGGAGGUGUCCUCUCACAGCCUCUUCCUGCUGCAGCAGCUCAACGUUCAGAGAGAGUUUGGUUUCCUAUGUGACUGCACUGUUGCUAUUGGGAACGUCUACUUCAAGGCUCACCGUGCUGUGCUAGCUGCCUUUUCCAACUACUUCAAGAUGAUCUUCAUCCACCAGUCCAGGUCAGGUAACUCACGCACCUGAAACACACACACCUAAGUCCACAGAAGGUGACAUUGAUCACAGGAUCACUGGUGCACUGAUUAUGGUGAGACUAUAGAACCCAUGACAAUGACUUAUUAACUUUUCAUAAAGGUUUACAGAAUAAUAGAGGAAAAAUAUAAUUGAAAAGAGUCAGACAGAUAAUGAAUCUUCACCAUAGCUAAGAAAGUUCACAGCAGAUGUUCCAUGUAGUCAGUUUUGAGGAUCUCAUCAGAACACACAGUGCUAGAGUAAAAUCCAAGUUCAACCUGUUUGCAGAUGAUACUUUAUUAUACUUUUAGAGCUGUUUUUCUAAACUCUGGUUCUCUCAGGCAGAGUUAAAGUUGAAAACUCCCUCAAAGCGAAAUAAUUGAUACUCUCAGGAGGAGGCAGGGAGGAUCACCUGACAGUCCUGACUCAGGGCAAACUCUCAUGUUGGUCUUAUUGCUUCAUGUGUGUGUUUGUCCCCAGUGAGUGUAUUAAGAUCCAGCCCACAGAUAUCCAGCCGGACGUCUUUAGCUACCUGCUGCAUAUCAUGUACACAGGCAUGUGUCCCAAACAGCCUGUGGAUCAGAGUCGGCUGCAGGACGGCAUCAAAUUCCUUCAUGCCUACCAGUUGUGUCGAAAACCAGGUGAGGGUGUUCCAGACACCGCCACUGAUGUGGUGCGUAUGUCCAACCUGUAUGGCAUCCAGAUCUCUUCCCAGCUGGCCAACAAAGACACUCCAGGAGUCCCGAAGUCCACCACAGUGUCCCGUGGGGCCCCAGAGGAUGGACGCUCCUCUGGCCGUGGGGGUCGGUCCAGUUCCCAGCUGUCUCUGGCCGUGGGACUGGAGGGGGUCCAAUCGGAUCACCAGGCCUCUGCCCUACGUAAUGUCUGUUCAGUAGCCUCAGGAGAUGACUCAGACAUCUCCAGUCGUAUCAAGCAGGAGCGGUUGGAGGAGGAGGAUGGGGAGGAUGGUGAGGGGGAGGAGGGGCAGGGGGCGGGUUCACCAUCUCCAGCUCAGGGUAGUAGUCCCAAUCAGGGCCUUCUGUUCAAAGACCGGCCUCUGGUCCUGUUGUGUCCCCGCUGUGGAGAGCGCUGCUCCUCCCCUGAGGGUCUAAGGGAGCACCUCUUCACCCAUGCCCUCGAUCCUGCCCGUCUGAUGGAGGGGCUGUCACAGAGCGGCGAACUGGACGCUGGUGUUGAGGAGGGGCCUCCGGGAAGCCAAGAGCAGCUGGAUGCAGGGUGUCUCGAAGAAGCGCUGAGACAAAGUCAGGCACUCGCCAACCAGCUGGCUGCAGAGCUAAGGAGAAGCCGGGGAGGAGGAGGUGGAGGUGGAGGCAGCCCUGCCCCUGCCGUCCUGCACUCACGUAAAAGAAAGAUCGCCUGCGCCGUCUGCAGCCUCCGCUUCUCCCACAAGAGCCAGCUACAGGAGCACAUGUACACCCACACUGGCAAACCAUCACGCUACCACCGGUACAACCGCCUCUGCAGCCAGCUCUUUCAGGCCUCCGCCCACUUCUGUGAAGGUGGCAGUGAGCCCACAGGAGGGGGCGGAGCAGGAGGCGGGGCUUCGACCGGUGUGUCAACGCUCUCUGAGGAGCCGAACAGGGACACUCAGGACAACGGCAGCUCCUGCUACUCCCUGGACUCUGAGAUCUCCCAGGAGAGUGUGGAGGGUGUACCUGUGGAGUGA